UAGCGAUUCCGUCGCCUUAUGAUGAUUGACCACAAAUAACUACUUCAAGAGUUAGCUAGACAUGCUUUGAUUCAGCUGGGGUAUAUUAGCUCUACUGCGCUGAACGGGUGACGCAGCGAUGGCUCUGAGUCAGCUCUGUCUCCUCCGGCCUCUGGUGUGCCGAUCCGUGGCCCAGCUGGGGGUGAUUGCGACACGCGCCCCAGGGCUCCAAAACCUGCCCAGGCAGAAAAUGGCCCCCCUACCCUCCCUCGCCCGUCUGUACGCCACCAAGAAGAGUAAAGCGAAAUCCAAGGGGCAGCAGGCGAAAGUGAACAUCAACCCGGAGCUGGUGGAGGACAUCAUCGACCUGGAGGAGGUGAAGGCGCACAUGACCGCCGUGCUGACCUCCCUGAAGGACGACUUCAGCCGCAACCUGAGCAUCCGCACCUCCCCCGGAGCCUUGGACCACAUCACCGUCAGCACCAAGGAUGGCCGGUUCCCUAUCAACCAGCUGGGCCAGAUCUCCAUGAAGUCUCCCCAGCUCAUUGUGGUGAACAUGACCGGGUUCCCAGAGGCCACGGCGGCGGCUGCCCAGGCCCUCAGAGACAGCAGCAUGAGGCUCAACCCCGAGGUGGAGGGGACCAUCAUCAGGGUGCCCAUUCCCAAGGUGACCAGGGAGCACAGGGAGAACCUGACCAAGCUGGCCAAGCAGUUCAGCAACAAGGCCAAGGAGUCGCUGCGCCGGGUGCGAUCGGGUGCCGUCACACAGCUGAAGAGGGAGAAGGACCGAGUCUCCGAGGACACCAUCCGCUUGAUAGAGAAGCAGGUUCAGCAAAUGGCAGACAGUUUUACAGCUGACAUAGAGAAGCAACUGGCCAGCAAGUCCAAGGAGCUUCUGGGAUGAUGUCCGCUGGAGAUUCUCUUACUGCGUGUGCUUUUUCCAUGUGUGCUGUUUGAGUGGACACAACAUAUUAAAAUGUGAAAUUCUGAAAUAAAACCAGAUUCGAGCAAGUU